GAACAGAAGAGAGGCAUUUCACGCUGUCGGCUGAGUCACCCCGAGCGUAUAAAAUCAAGGCCAGGCAGUCGGAGGCGCUCCGAGCGGAGGCACGAGGCACCGGCACUUUUGGACAGGAUACAGGUCCUGCAAACUGCAAGGAUGAUGUCACCCUUGCUCAUCCUCCCUCUGCUGCUGGGGACCACAGCACAUGGCCCGGUGAGCAGAGCAGCAUCCAGGGAUGUCACCACCUUUUUCCAGCUGGCUCAGGAAGACACUUGGGAGAACGUUAACCUCACCAGCAUGUCCUGUGAGUACUGGAAGAACAGGACCUGGAUCACCCUGCAGCUGACCAACAACAGCCUGACAGCUUUCCCUGUCUGCCUUCCCGAGACCCUGCAGAGCUUGGAUCUCAGCAAUAACCUCUUGGAAGAGGUGAAUGGCACAGAGAUAGCAAACCUCCCACAGCUGCGUGUCCUCUCGCUGAGGCACAACCACCUCUGGUCAGUGAGGUGGGGAUCUGAAACCCUCAGCAGUCUCUCCAAGCUGGACUUGAGCUUUAAUAAGCUGUCAUCUGUGCCAUCCUGCCAUGGCUCUGCCCUACCUAACCUGAGGUGGUUGUCCUUGGCUGGAAAUCCACUGAUUGAAAUCCAGCCACUGGCUUUUACCUGCUACCCUCAGCUGCAGCUCUUGAACCUCUCUGCAACGCUGCUCGGGCAGGAUGAGAGCAGAGGAAUUCAGGACUCUGCUUUUGCCAUCGGCACACAACCCAGCGAGGCCAUGAACAGGACUGGAAACUCCAUCAGUGUGCUUGAUCUGAGCGGGACCUUUUUUGAGAAAAUUCAACCAGAGUGGGCCAGGGACUUGGCCAACCUCAGAGUACUUCACCUGACAAACAUGCCACGGUUAAGGAGCCUCGAUGGUGACUUCUUCAAGUCCCUGCCUGGUCUCCAGGAGCUGCACUGUCAGGACUCCCAUUCCCUGGGUUUUGUGCAGACAGAGAUGUUUGACAGUGCUCCUCACCUGAGCUAUCUCUCAUUUGAGAACUGUAACCUGAGUUCCUUUAAUCCUUGGAACACUAAUUCAUCGGAUGGCAUCACCAUCAACUUGUCUGGGAAUCCUCUGCUGUGUGACUGCCAGCUCUCCUGGCUGCUGUCCAAGCCUGAGAAAGUUGUUCUGCAAAAGGCUUGGGAGACUUUUUGCACAUCCCAGGAAGAUUCGGGCAGACUUCCAACAUCUUUUUCACUGCUGGAGCUCUACAAUAAAUGCCAGUCGGAGAGCAAUGUUACACUGCCCAAUUCAACCACAGCCCUUCCUGAUCAUGAUGCUUUCAGCUUCUCCAGUGAUGAGACCUCUGCUGUUGUAACAACAGACUCAGCUCUGCCGACCACGGAUUUGACUCACACCAGCUCCCUAAUCCAGAGGGAUGUGAUGAGCACUGCAGCAUCCAGCCCAAUGGCAACCAAAGACACCUAUACCAGCUCCCUGAUCCAGAGGGAUGCAAGGACCACUGCAGCAUCCAACCCAAUGGCAACCAAAGACACCUAUACCAGCUCCCUGGUCCAGAGGGAUGUGAUGAGCACUGCAGCAUCCAACCCAACAGAGCUGAUCCCAACAAAGGCCAACAGUUCCUCCCACGAGGAAAAGGCAGUUUCUGAAUCCACAAGCAAUCCUCCUUCCUCAGCACCUGUUACGUCCUUCCCAGUUUUUUUCCAAGAGCUCUUUGCUCAGUCCCCAGAUCACAGCUCCCCAAGCCCAACUGGAACAGAACAGCUACAGAGAGGGCUCAGAACAACCCACAUGACAUUCCCCCAGGAAAGGCCAUUCAACCAGACCACCAGUGAUUAUUCCACUGGAGGAACAGGAGUCCCACACACCACCAACCACCACAUUCGCUCCUUUGCCACCCACGGCAGGGAAGGUGCCCCCCAGCUGAUCUCCACGAGGAGCAGUGCCCACCCAGGGCCUGCACCUAGCACGCCACCACCACACUACACCGAUGACUACGACUAUGGGGAUCAGCCAAAGGAAACCCCGGUGCAAACGGCCCACGUGGCCUGUGACUACAAUCCUUGCAGGCACCUGCAGAAGCCGUGCAGGGAACUCCAGAACGUAUCCCAGUGUUCAUGUCCUGGCACGUCGAGGGAAGAUGAGAUUCCAGACCCACCCAGGCUCAGAGAGGUGAUUGAGAUCACUGACAGCUCUGCACAGAUCCGCUGGUGUGCCCCAUAUUCAGUUGUUCACAGCUAUGAGCUGGUGCUUCGUGCCCAAGACGACGAGGACAGGCAGUUUGUCAUGGACAACAUCUACCCCACGGCCAGGCAGCACACUCUGUAUAACCUGCUGCCAUUCACCACUUACCACAUCUGUGUCACUGCCUCCAACAAAGCAGGGUCGAGCCAGAAAACCGGCCAGGAAAUUCCAGGUAACUCGUGCACCAGCUUUAAAACAAAACCCAGCUACAAGUAUGUUUUUGCUGGUCUGUCUGCAGCAAGUGGACUCUUUCUCAUUACCACAAUUAUUUUAUCUGUAUGUCUGUGUAAGGCAUGUAAAAAGCCUCAGAGUGAGCAGUAUGGUACACACUUAGUCUCCUACAAGAACCCAGCAUUUGAUUAUCCCUUAAAACUGCAAACCACUAAUUAGCUCUGGGUGAUUGUUCCAUGCAUUCAAAGUUCACUAUCUCCAUCGCCUUGGUGUGGUUUUGUGAGACUCUGAAACUGUGCUUCAGUAAAACUAUGAACAUCAGAUUCCAUAACCCUGACGUUUCUAAGGGAGAGAAAACCACC